CCGCCCGGCGCGUCUGUGGGCGGGCGCUGCCUCCGCCGAGCCGCCGGCAGGGCCCCGGUGCGGAGCGCGGUGCCGGCCUCCCGCAAUAUGCCUCCGCUGCCCUCGGGCUGCUCGCCAUGCCGGGCACCUGCGGCCGCCUCUCCGCGCUGCUGCCGCUGCUGCUAAUGCUGACCAUGGAGCGGCCGCCUCCUCCCGCCUUGGCCGCCGCCGCCCGCCCGCAGCAGCAGCGAGCGGCGCUGCCCGGGGCCGCCCCCGCCGCGGCAUCAGGUUCUGUUUUUACAUUAAAAGUUCAAGUAAAUGACAUCAUCAGUCACCAGUACCUGCCACAAGCGGUGGUAGAGGUGUUUGUUAACUACACCCUGACAAAUUCUACUCUUACUGGAAACAAUGGGGCAGUGUUAAUAAAAAUCCCCUACAAAUUAGGAUUAAGCUUAACUAUUGUCUCAUACAAGGAUGGCUACCUGCUGACACCUUUGCCUUGGAAGACUGCGAGAAUGCCAAUAUACUCGUUGGUGACGCUCUCAUUAUUCCCACAAAGUCAAGCUAAUAUAUGGCUGUUUGAAGAUACUGUCUUAAUUACUGGAAAACUGUCUGAUGCCAAAUCUCAGCCGAGUGUUCAGUUUCCAAAAUCUUUACUAAAGCUUCCAACAAAUCAUAUUGCAAAUGUUACAGCCUAUCUGACAGUGCCAGAGCAACUUUUGAAAGUGGACAGCUUUCUCCAAAUAACAGGAAUUAUUCUAAAUAAAUCAGGUUUCAAAAGCAUGGAAUUAACUCCUCUUGCUGCCAUAUGUGCAAAUGUUCUUUUGGCUGGGAAAGAACUGAACAUAAAUGGUCCCAUUCAGAUUAUACUUCCUCUUCCCACAACUGCUGUAAAAUCAGGAGAUGCUGUACCUGCCUGGACAUUUGAUAUGAAAAUUGGUGCUUGGGUAAACCGUGGGCUAGGAAUGGUGAAGGAAGUGGAUGGUCAGUUAGUGUGGACAUACACUGCUCAGCACUUGGGCUACUGGAUAGCAGCUCCACUGCCUGGAACCAGAGAAUCCAUUAUUAGUGCUGUUUCCAAGGACAUAACAGCCUAUCACACCAUGUUCCUUACGGCCAUAUUGGGAGGAACUGUUGUCAUCAUCAUUGGAUUUUUUGCUGUUCUUCUUUGUUACUGCAGGGAUAAAUGUCAUCGGACACAGAAGAAGGACAAAAACACAACCAAGCUGGAGGUCAUAAAAAAAGACCAGACAACAUCAACAACUCACAUAAAUCACAUCAAUGCUGUCAAAGGGUCUUUAAAGCUGGAGGACAAGUCUCAGUUAUAUACAGGGAAGAGUUCUUCAUACAGCCCUCAAAGGAGGCUGUCCAUAGACACAGAAGAUGGAAAAUCACAAGACAAUUUUAAAAUCUACUCAGAGGAUGCUUCUUAUCAGUCAUCUUGUCAGACUGGUCAGGCAGGAAAUUCGGCCCAUUUAGUGGAACCUAGUGCAGGAGUGAGGCUUUUACAGCAGCCCAAGCACAGUAACAGUACUAUUCCCCAGGCUCCUAGGGAUAUUCCAGACCAGAACAGAUACCUUUCACUGAAAGAGGAGAUGUAUGGGCUCACCCAUAUCCCAGAACAUCUAAUGCAUAUUUACAAUCAGCCUAUUGCUAUUCUUCAAACCUCAGACCUUUUCCACUCCCCAGAACAAUUGCAUCCUGCUAAAUCAGCAACGUUGCCAAGGAAAGGGCAGUUGGUGUAUGGCCCCAUGAUGGAACCCAUGAGUCGUGACAGUUACAUGCAAACACUCCCCAAAAUGCCCGUGCAUUCCCAUCCCCAGCCCUCUGCCUGCAGAGAUGAGAACAGUGCCCUGGAUGGUGAAGAGGGCUUACCUUCCCAAACAUCCAACUGGGGCAGGUACACCAACAGCUUACUGGAAUCUGUCUCUGUUCCUGGGACACUGAAUGAAGCAGUUGUAAUGACUCCCUUUUCAUCAGAACUUCAAGGGAUUUCAGAACAAACGUUGCUGGAACUCUCUAAAGGAAAACCAUCUCCGCAUCCUCGAGCAUGGUUUGUGUCCCUGGAUGGAAAGCCAAUUGCUCAAGUGAGGCAUUCUUUCAUAGAUCUGAAAAAGGGCAAAAAAACUGAGAGUAAUGACACCAGUCUGGACUCUGGUGUGGACAUGAAUGAGCAUCAUCCUAACAGGAAACUGGAGAGAGAGAAAACUUUCAUUAAAAGUAUGCCACAUUCUAAGAUUCUUUACUUGGAAGAUUUGGAUCUGAGCAGCAGUGAAAGUGGGACCACUGUUUGCACUCCAGAGGACCAGGCUGUGAGACACAUUAUGGAAGGAGGGAAUGGGCGAGUCCUAGAACAGCGUGAUGAGGAAGGUCUAAGGAAAAAAUCUCUACCAGGAAGUCAUGAAUCUGGUAUCCCUUCUGCUAAAAAAAGGGAUAGACCACCUCUCAUGAAAAGAGAUAGCAAAACCAACAUCUGGAAGAAAAGAGAGGAGAGGCCACUUAUUCCCAUAAAUUAAAACACAAUGUGCUUUGUGCUGUUGCUCUCCCUGCUGGUUGUUGAUCUCUUGCCUGCUUCUGUAAUUAUGCAGUGUUGGGUUUACAUGGGAAAUGUUGUUUUCUAGUAUCAAGAAAAGUUUCAUUUUUUAAUGUACCGAUUGAGUUACCAAACUUCAGCUGGGCAAUUGAUAUUCCAUGUGAAUUGAAAACAGGGACAUGCUACUAUUCAAUUUUUCCAGUUCCUAAUUUUACUGGCAGUAUGGGGAAGGCCCACAUUUUACUUAGCCUGUCAUUCUUGGACACACCUUUGGGAAUGCACAGUGAGAAAUGUAGGCACAUGAUUUAAUUUUUUUGUACUUGUAGCUAAUGCAAUGGUAGCCUAGUUAAAGCCAUUCCUCAGCCUUGUUCCUAAUCAACCUGACCAUCUGUACAGUAUUUUAUAUGUGAACUUUUCUAGGGAUCCCUUACUACUUCUUUGUACAAUGUGAAAUGUUUCAUCCAUGGGUCCUGUGACACCAGCAGAUGAGCUCUGCUGGAUUUGUCAGCAGAGCUCUAUAGCAUUGCUUCCCUCCCUGUGUGCCCAUCCAUGUGCAAUUCCAUACACCAGUGAGGGAAGGGGAAGGGUACAAGUGUGGCCACUGCAGUUCAUGGUCUCUGCUAUCUUAAGAUGUUGCCCAUCUGCUUUGUUUAAACCUGCUUUGUUAUUGCCCAUGGAUGCUGAGGACUUACAUCAGCUAUGAAGGGUCCACAUCCAGCAGAAAGGGACUGGUUCUGGUAGCAUUUGAAGCUGCAGCUGCUCUUUCUCUUCUGCAUGCUGUUGGGCCAGCCUUGAAUCUCUGCAUAUUUAUAAGUGAGAGUUUGGCCCAUGAUGAAGUGUGCAAGAUUAGACAAAUUAUGCCUUGGAAAUAGUUUCUUGAACAGGAAAGCUCGGCACUGUUGCUUUUUAUUUUAUGUUUAAAACAAUGGGUGAUUAUCUGAGGUUUAUGUGCCUACAUUUUGCCAGCCUGAGCUGUUUUUGUCUAGGUUUGCAGAGGAGUUAAACAGGCUUUAAAAGUUGGGGGGGGGGAGGGUUAUGAGCAUGAGACAGCAGAUUGCAAAAUUUGGUCUAUAAUGCAAUAUAAAUACUAUUUAUGACUCAUCUUAGAGUUAAAUUUACCAAAAGUCAUGAAUGCAUGAAUUGUAACUAAGAUAUGUAUAGAGGAAGGAAAGGCCAUCAGGAUAUUCUUUAAUUUUAAUGUUCAUCUUGUCAAAGCGGUAAUUUCAACUUUGGCUAACAGAAAAAUGGAUGCAUCUCUUAAUGUGCUUCAUAUAGUAAACAGAAUGUAUUUCUGUGGCUUUGAGGCUGUUUCCCUGGUGAAAUAAGUUCCAGCAUUUUGGCUUUGGUAGUUUGAUUAUAAAUCAUCCUAAAAAGGCUUUAUAAAUAUUUCCCUUAGAGCUUGGUUAAGAUUCUGUACCAAGAUCCAAACAUACAAUGCCUAUGUUUGAUUUGUGAUGUGAGUGGUGCUUGGUUGCCUGCCCUGUAGUACACUCAAGAGUUGGGAAAUAUCCUAUACUGGGCUUCUGGGAAUAUUUACUCAGGAAAUAUUACUGUGAAAAAUGUCUGUUGUGUUGGGAUUGUCAAGUGUCUGGUGCUGUUUCUAGAAGAAUAUAGAAGAUAACCAGGAUGUACCAGCAAUGCAUCAGUCCAAACUGAGCGUUUGCUUCAUGAACAGAAUGUUCCUAUUGAGUUCACAAGUAAAAAGUGCAAAUUAUGUUUGAGAUAGGUGUGUGUGUGUGUGUGGUGGGUUGACCUUGGCUGGAUGCCAGGUACCCAUCAAGCUACUCUAUUGCUCCCCUUUCCCAGCUGGACAGGGGAGAGAAAAUAAGAUGGAAAACAACUCCUAGAUUGAGAUAAAGGAGUUGGCUAAGGCAAAAGCAAAAGCCUGUGUGUGCACAAAGAGGAAAAAAUAUAGGUUUGUUCUCUACUUCUUGUCAGCAUGCAAUGCUGCUUCCUGGGAAGCAGGGCUUCAACACGUGUAGUGGUUGUUCCAGAAGGCAAACCUUGUAAAUAACAAAUGCCCCCACUUCUUCCUCCUUUCCUUAGCUUUUAUAUGUGAGCUGACUUCACAUAGUACCUUUGGGUAAUUUGGGUCAGCUGGCUUAGUUGUGUCCCCUGCCAGGAUCUUGCCCACCCCCAGCCUGCUGUUUGGCAGGAAAUGUGGAGAGUGAGCACUGAUGCUGUGCCAGCCCUGCAGAGCAGUAGCCAAAACACUGGUGUGUUACCAACACCUUUCCAGCUCCCAAUGGAAAGCACAGUGAUGGGAAGGCAGCUAUGGGAAAUGAUCUCCAGCUCAGCCACACCCAAUAUCCACGAGCAUCACAUCACAGGAGGGAAUCUCAGCUCUGGUGCCUGGAGCACCUCCUCCUCCUCCUUCAGCACUGACCUUGGUGUCUGCAGAGUAGUUCAUCUCACAUGUUCUCACCCUGCCCUUCUCUGGCCACAUCUUUUUUUUCUUUCUCAAAUCUGUUAUCACAGAGGCAUUACCAUCGUUUCUGAUUGGCACAGCCUUGGUCAGCAGCAGCUCUGUCCUGGAGCUGCUGGCAUUGGCUCUGCUGGACAUUGGGGAAGCUUCUGGCAGCUUCUCACAGAAGCCACCCCUGUAGACCCCCCACUAUCAAAACCUGUCUUCCCAAACCCAGUACACACAGUGAAGGAGCUGUCCCCCUGCAACCCCUGGAGUGCAGGGAUCCACCUACAGCCUGUGGAGGAUGCCUGAAAGAGGCUGGGAGCCCAUGAGAGACUGUGCUGCAGCAAGCUCCUGGCAGGAGCUGUGGAGAGAAGAGCCCAUGCUGCAGCAGCUUUCCUGGGGGCAAUUUUGGGGGACUGCUGCUGGAGGCAGGCUGUGCCUGAAGGACUGCACCCUGUGGAAGAGUGAGCCACGUUGGAGCAGUGUGUGGAGAACUGUUGCCUGGAGAGGUUCAUGGAGAGCAGCCUCCUGUGGGAGGGACCCUGUGCUGGAGCAGGGGAAGGACUUCUGUCCCUGAGCAGUGGCAGAAAGCACGAGAGAUGAACUGACCCAUUCCUGUCUCCCUGUGUCACUGCUGGGAGGAAGUAGAGCUGGGAAAGAGGAAGGGGUGGGGGGAAGGGGUUUCUAAGAUUUAUUUUACUAUCCUGCUCUGGUUUUGUCAGUAAUAAAUUCAGUAUAUCCCCAAGGUGAGUGAGUGAGUCUGUUUUGCCUGUGACAGUAUUCAGUAAGUGAUGUCUCCCAGUCCUUUUCUCAAUUCAUGAACUUUCCAUCGUAUUUUCUCUCCUCUGUCCACUUUGUGCAAGGGGUUGGUAAGAGUGGCUUUGGUGGGUGCCUGGCAUCUAGCCAGGGCCAAACCACUAGUGUGCAAAUAAGUCUGUAAUUAAAUUGGCCUAAAGGACCUAAAAGAGGUUUAAUUAUGAUUCAUCUAUUUCAGAUGUGAAGAUGGUUUGUCAUAUUAG